AUGAUAUUUUUCGUCCUUCACUUAUUCACAAAUUUUCGAUUAUCAUCAAAGUCUGUCCUCGUUUUAAUGAAAAUUUUGAUAUUUAUUAUACUUAUUUUUAUUAUCAUAGUCUUUUUACUUCAUUGCACAGGUUCUUUUGAUGCAGAAUGCAGAUCCGAUAUAGAUUGUGAACAAUAUAAAACUUGUCAACCAAUAUGCAGACUUCAAUGCAAGUCUACAAUUUGUACAAUUGUAGGGGAUGUGGAAACGAGCGAUAAAGGAGUUGACACUUUCGUUCAAAGGAGAAAACUGUGGGGAUUUAAUUGAUAAAUUCAUAGAUAAAUU